UUUCAUACCACACCCGCCGCCGUACCACCACAUCCGCCGCCGCACCACCACUUCAAAUCAGUUGAUUUUCUCUUCCAUUUUACUCAUCUUCUGACAACAAAUUCUGCCAAAAAAAUAACGCUGAAAAAGCUACCCUAAUCCCCUUCCCCCGUCGAAUUCCGAUGAGUACAUACUCGGACCACCGCGUAUGAGAACAGUAAAGUCCAAAUCAUUUCGCAAUGCCAAGCGGGUUCCCGAAUUGGGUGCUCCAUUUCUGCUUCGAGCAAAUGCAAUCCCCCAUGAUUUAAUCAGGUGGAGCUACUAUGACGGAUCGGAAGCUGAUGGUGGUUUUGUUUGCAGGGGUAAAUAUUAGAUAUACUCAGCCCUUUUGACCAAACGUCUGAUUACGGUUGACUGUUUUGUCAAUCACCCCCAAUCCAUCCAACCAAGAAAAUCCAAUAUCAAAGUCUAUUUCCAAAACUAAUUCCCUCCUCCUCUCCCACUUCUAAGCGAUGCAAGUAUCCCAAAACCUCAGCUGUGGCGCCAUCAAUUCAAAUCCCGUAAACCCUAAUUUCAUCUCCUGCAACUCGAAUUGUUCGUCUUCUCUCAAAUUCAACAGUUUGGGUUUCUCCGCCGCAGUUUUUCCGACGUUCAAGGCCACCAUACCCAGAAUCCCCAAUGCCAACACUUUCAAUAGCGCCGGGCGCCGCCGUUUCCGUCCCUUCGCCGCCGCUAAAACUGCCUCCUCCGGUCCUGAUUACUAUUCCGUUCUGAAAGUCGGUAGAAAUGCCACUCUGCAAGAAAUUAAAGCCGCGUAUCGCUCACUUGCCAGGAAGUACCAUCCUGAUAAGGGUUCUGGUGCUGAAGACAAGUUUAAGGAAAUAGGUGCUGCAUAUGAGGUGUUAUCAGACGCUGAGAAAAGAUCCUUAUACGAUCGUUUUGGGGAGGAAGGUCUACAUGGAGAAUUUGAUGCCGCUAGUGGUGGUUCAGGGGUGGAUGCUUUUGAUGCUUUUGCUGAGUAUUUUGGUGGACCCAGUGGCUUUUUUGGAGGAAGCAGUAACCAAGGAGGCUUCAAUUUUAAUUUUAACGGAAAUAGCAGCCAGAAUCUUGACAUCCGAUAUGAUUUAUAUUUGAGCUUUGAAGAAUCAAUAUUUGGAGGUAAACAUGACGUUGAAGUACCAUGCUUAAAUACAUGUGAGGAUUGUAAUGGAACAGGUGCAAAGCCCAACAGUAGUGUGAAAAUGUGUGCUGAAUGUGGUGGUAGAGGACGGGUGGUGAGAACAGAGAAGACACCUUUUGGAAUUAUGUCUCAGGUGACUUCCUGCUCAAAAUGUCGUGGUGAGGGGAAAAUAAUCACGGAUCGCUGCCGAAAAUGCAAUGGACGCGGUCAAGUUCGAGCAAAGCGGAGUAUUGAGGUUGUUGUUCCACCUGGAGUUGAUGACGGAGCCACAAUGCAAGUCCGAGGAGAGGGAAAUUCUGAUAAAACGAGGGGUAUAGCUGGGGACCUGUAUCUGGUCCUCCAUAUUGAAGAGAAACAAGGAAUUCAAAGAGAUGGAAUGAAUCUAUACUCAAAGCUAGUCAUCGACUACACAGAAGCAAUUCUGGGGACUAUUAAGAAGGUGGAUAGUGUUGAAGGUAGGAAGGAUCUUCGGAUUCCCCCGGGAACUCAGCCAGGGCAUAAGUUAAGGUUACCAUGCAUGGGCGUUCCAAAUAUAAAUAAACCUUCUGAACGAGGCGAUCAUUAUUUCACUGUGGAUGUUCAAAUCCCUAAAUACAUUAGUGAUGCAGAACGAGCACUAGUUGAAAAGUUGGCUUGCCUUAGGAAAAUCGAAGGCUAUACAGUCCCAGGAAACGACGGAGGAACACGUCGUAAUGGCGGCAAAGACCAAUCUUCAAGCCAGAAAAUGCAUUGGUGGAAGUCAAUCAAGGGCGUGUUAGGGAGAAAGGGACCCGGGGAAGCAUUUGCAUCGGUCUGCAUUGAUGCACCGGCACCAUGGCUUUACAAAAAGCCUCUGCCUAAUUUGCCCUCAUUGAUUACUAUUUCUAUUAUUUUUGUUUCGGCAGUUGUCACUUUCUUCAUGAGCAAAUCCAGGUGCUGUAAAUUUCGGCAACAAAAGAAACAAAUCGAACACCGUUCUCUUCCACCAAAGAAUGUAAAAGGGUAAUUCAAUCAAUAUUCGUAUACUCUAAAUUCCAUAUAAUGUAAUCUUUAUACUUAACAUGCCAUUGGAUCGGAGGAAUUGUUCUUCAGAAUUUAUAAUUUAUACCACAGUUUACGCUA